AUGGGCGGAGUGAUUAACACCUCCGGUUUCCUCAACACCUUCGGUCUCGCCGCGGACACUGCCCACAACUCAAACAUGCUUGGAACGAUCACCGCCAUGUACGAGAUCGGUUGCUGUGCAGGGUCGCUGGCCUGUGCGAUCAUUGGCGAAAUGCUCGGCCGACGCUACACCAUUCUCCUUGGAACAUGCAUCAUGCUUGGCGGCACGGCCUUCCAGUGUGCCGUCUCCACUCCCGGUGCGAUGAUCGGUGCCCGUAUUUUUGCCGGCCUCGGCAUGGGCUUUAUCAAUUCGACGGCUCCCGUGUUUCAAGCUGAAAUCUCGCCCUCGGCCACUCGCGGUCGGUUCGUGUGCUUUCAGCUCACUCUUCUCAACUUUGGCAUUAUGCUGGCCUACUGGGUCGGCUACGGAUUCACCGAGCUCGACUCCCCUUGGGGAUGGCGUGUUGCCGUGGCUCUGCAGGCGUGCUUCCAGAUCCCCAUGGCCGUGCUGUGCCUGCUGGUGCCCGAGUCCCCACGUUGGCUCGCAUCGCACAACAAGUCUGCGGAAUCUUUGAGCGUCAUUGCGCGUUUGGCUGGAAGGGCUGAGGACGACCCCGAUGUCCAGGCUCUCCACAGUGAGAUCUGCACGGUCGUCGAGUUUGAGCGGUCCAUUGGCUCUGGAACCUGGUCGGACUUGGUCAAGUCGGACGCGAUUCACUCGCGCCGCAGGUUCCUUAUCGCAUGCUCCAUUCAAUUCUUCCAACAAGCCGGUGGAAUCAACGCUCUUAUUUACUACGGUGGAACGAUGUUGACCGCUGCGGGACUGGACUCGAAGAUGAGCUCUCUCAUUUCCGGUGUCAUGUUCACCUGGUUCUUCCUUGCGUCCUUUAUUCCAUGGGGCCUGAUCGACACUGUGGGACGCCGCAAGCUGCUUCUCGUCUGCAUCUCCCUCAUGGUGGUGUGCUUUGCGGUUCAAGCCGGCAUGGUGUCGAUGGUGGAGAAGACCAACAGCAAAGCGGCAGGUGGCGUCGCCACCUUCUUCCUGUUCGCCUACCUCGGUCUUUUCACCACAGGUUUCCAGGCCAUUGUAUGGGUCUACCCGUCCGAGAUGCUUCCCCUGCGCUUGCGCGCCAAGGGAUCCGCCAUCUCCACCGCCUGCAACUGGAUCACCAACUACGCUAUCGUUCAAGUCACGCCGAUCGGCAUGCGCAACAUUGGUUACAAGUUUUACAUCGUGUUCGCACUCAUCAACGCCUCCUUUUUGCCUUUCAUCUACUGGUUCUACCCCGAGACGAAGGGACUGGUCCUCGAGGACAUCGACGCACUGUUCACUGGAGACAUCUCGGGUCCCGCUAGUCGUAUGCGGUACGACCACCCCACCGCGGACGCAAACGAUCACGGUAGCAAGAUGGACUACGAGCACAACGACAACAAAGUGUCUGUUUAA